GGCCCUUUCCCCGGUGUCCUUCUGCACGCGGGAUUUCCGGUCCUCCUAUCGCGAGAUCCUCCUAGUGGCGUUGGGCGGCUCGGGCCACUGGAAGCGCGCCGGAGUGCGGCGUGGCCUUGGACUCCGGCCCUUCGCGCAGGAGCUGGUCCCGAACGAUGGAGUACAUGACAGAAGCCGUGGACCGCAGCCCGGGACACAUUUUGUGCUGUGAGUGUGGUGUCCCAAUUAGUCCAAAUCCUGCCAAUGUUUGUGUGGCCUGUUUACGAAGUAAAGUUGACAUCAGCCAAGGUGUUCCAAAGCAGGUCUCCAUUUCUUUCUGCAAACAAUGUCAAAGAUAUUUUCAGCCACCAGCAUCUUGGGUACAGUGCGCUUUAGAAUCCAGGGAGCUCCUUGCUCUGUGCUUGAAAAAAAUUAAAGCUCCUCUGAGUAAGGUUCGCCUUGUCGAUGCAGGCUUUGUUUGGACUGAGCCCCAUUCCAAGAGACUGAAAGUCAAAUUGACAGUUCAGAAAGAGGUGAUGAAUGGUGCCAUCCUUCAGCAGGUGUUUGUGGUGGAUUAUGUCGUUCAGUCCCAGAUGUGUGGAGAUUGCCAUAGAGUAGAAGCCAAGGACUUCUGGAAGGCUGUGAUUCAAGUCAGGCAGAAGACUCUGCACAAGAAAACUUUCUACUAUCUGGAACAGUUGAUUCUGAAAUAUGGAAUGCAUCAGAAUACACUGCGUAUCAAAGAGAUUCAUGAUGGUCUGGAUUUCUACUAUUCUUCCAAACAACAUGCUCAGAAGAUGGUGGAGUUUCUUCAGGGGACGGUUCCCUGUAGAUAUAAAGCAUCACAGAGAUUGAUCUCUCAAGAUAUCCAUAGUAACACAUACAAUUACAAGAGCACUUUUUCUGUGGAAAUUGUUCCAAUAUGCAAGGAUAAUGUUGUCUGCCUGUCACCAAAACUGGCGCAGAGUCUUGGAAAUAUGAACCAGAUAUGUAUUUGUAUUCGAGUAACUAGUGCCAUCCAUCUCAUAGACCCAAAUACCCUACAAGUUGCAGAUAUUGAUGGAAACACUUUCUGGAGUCACCCUUUCAAUAGUUUAUGCCAUCCUAAACAGCUCGAAGAGUUUAUCGUGAUGGAAUGCAGCAUCGUCAGAGAUCUGAAACGAAGUGCAGGGGCUGGAGUCAUAUCAAAAAAGCACACCCUUGGGGAAGUCUGGGUCCAGAAGACAUCUGAAAUGAAUACAGAUAAACAGUAUUUUUGUCGGACUCACUUGGGACAUCUUUUAAAUCCUGGAGACCUGGUGCUGGGAUUUGAUUUGGCCAACUGUAAUUUAAACGAUGAGCAUGUCAACAAAAUGAACUCAGAUAGAGUUCCAGAUGUGGUGUUAAUUAAGAAGAGCUAUGAUCGGACGAAACGCCAGCGCCGUAGAAACUGGAAACUGAAAGAGCUUGCGAGGGACCGAGAAGACAUGGACACAGAUGAUGAAAGGCAAUAUCAAGAUUUCCUUGAAGAUCUUGAAGAAGAUGAGGCAAUUAGAAAAAAUGUCAACAUUUACAGAGAUUCCACCAUCCCUGUGGAAAGUGACACAGAUGAUGAGGGAGCGCCUCGAAUUAGUCUGGCUGAGAUGAUUGAAGACCUUCACAUUUCUCAGGACGCCACUGGUGAAGAGGGUGCGUCAAUGAUGUCCUGAUGAGUCACGUUAGAUGUGUUUGCACAUCUGAGACCUCAGGAAGUCUGCCAAAGAGCUUUUAUUGAAUAGUGCAUGUAUUCCCUUAUAUUGAGAGAGGAGAAAUUUGGUCUUAAACUUGAAUAAAUGACUAUUUUGAUUGUUCACUUAAA